GAGAAAUGUAUAUAAGAGAGUGACGUCUCUUCCAACAUAUUUCCCGCUUUCCAAGCAAACCUCACCUUGGCUAUUUUUGAUUCAGAUCUCUCUCUCUCUCUCUCUCUCCAUUUCUAGGUCUUAAAUUCUGCCUUGGAACUACUCCUUUCUCCUGGCAUCUAAUUCCAAUUACCUGAAAUCAAAUCGGAAAUCGCCAACUUCCUUCUCCGGUACCUCCCGCCAAUCCAGUGCUGUUCAUUUUUCUUCAUUUUCCAUUGCCGAUUUCGCAGAUCUUGAUUCCUUUCAUGAUAUCCGUUUCUUUCUCGGUCGAUUCAGCGAAGAAUGGCGGUGGUUUUGUGGCCCAUGACGCCUGGUCUGGUUUCCUUUUUGCUUGGCGUUGCUCCUGUCUUUAUUGCAUGGAUAUAUUCAGAGAUUCUGGAGUAUAAGAGAUCUUCAUCUCCUCCCAAAGUUCAUUCAGAUGUCAACCUGGUUGACUUGGAAGGUGAGACAAUCAAGGAAGAUGAUCGAGCUAUUUUGCUUGAAGGAAGUCUUGCAAAAUCAGCAUCUGCAAAAUUACAGAGUUCAUCUGUCAGAGCAAAUCUAAUAAGGUUUCUAACGAUGGACGAGCCUUUCUUGCUGGAAAAUCGAGCUGUUUUAAGAGCCAUGUCUGAAUUUGGGGCACUUAUGGUUUACUUCUACAUUUGUGAUCGGACGAAUCUGUUUCCAGAUUCUAAAAAGAACUACAGCCGUGACCUUUUCCUCUUUCUUUACAUUCUGCUCAUCAUAGUUUCGGCUAUGACCUCUCUCAAAAAGCAUAAUGAUAAAUCGACAUUCUCUGGCAAAUCCUUACUUUACCUUAAUCGGCAUCAAACUGAGGAAUGGAAAGGAUGGAUGCAGGUCUUGUUUUUAAUGUACCAUUACUUCGCUGCAGCAGAGAUAUAUAAUGCGAUACGCGUAUUCAUUGCUUCUUAUGUCUGGAUGACUGGAUUUGGGAACUUCUCAUAUUACUACAUUCGGAAGGAUUUUAGCCUUGCACGCUUUGCGCAGAUGAUGUGGCGGCUGAAUUUCUUGGUGAUAUUUUCGUGCAUUGUUCUUAAUAAUGACUAUAUGCUGUACUAUAUCUGUCCUAUGCACACGCUUUUUACUCUUAUGGUGUACGGAGCACUUGGGAUUUUUAACAAGUAUAACGAGAUUGGAUCUGUGAUGGCUGCGAAGAUCAUCACAUGUUUUUUGGUGGUUUUCUUGAUUUGGGAAGUUCCUGGAGUUUUUGACAUUCUUUGGAGUCCUACGACUUUCCUACUAGGUUACAAAGAUCCUGAACCUUCAAAAGCACAACUUCCUCUCUUGCAUGAAUGGCAUUUCAGAUCAGGCCUUGAUCGCUACAUUUGGAUCAUUGGGAUGAUAUAUGCAUACUAUCACCCUACAAUCGAGAGGUGGAUGGAGAAAUUAGAGGAAUCUGAAACCAAGUUGAGGCUAUCAAUUAAGACAAGUAUUGUGGCAGUUUCCUUAGUGGCUGGUUAUAUGUGGUAUGAACAUAUUUACAAGCUGGACAAAGUCACAUACAAUAAGUUACAUCCUUACACAUCAUGGAUCCCCAUAACUGUUUACAUUUGCUUGCGGAAUUUCACACAGCAUCUCCGUAACUUCUCUUUGACUCUCUUUGCGUGGCUUGGCAAGAUAACAUUGGAGACCUACAUUUCCCAAUUCCAUAUCUGGCUGAGAACGAACACGCCCAAUGGACAGCCGAAAUGGCUCCUUUCUCUCAUCCCAGAUUAUCCUUUGCUCAAUUUCAUGCUUACAACAGCUAUUUAUGUCCUAGUAUCCUAUCGGUUCUUUGAUCUAACAAAUUACCUAAAGACAAUCUUUGUGCCCAGUAAAGACAACAACCGCCUUUUACACAAUUUCAUUGCUGGAGCUGCUAUUUCUGUGUGCUUGUAUUGUAUUUCAUUGUUUCUUCUUCAGAUUCCUCAAACUGUGACCUGACAGAUUGAGACACUGACCUUCACCAAAAGAUUUCUUGCCGGGGACCCAAGAAUUCGGAUUCCGGCUAAUAAGCAAGGGUUGGAGCUGAAGGUUUGGUUUGAGAAUCUGGCAUUGGUAAACCAAUGUUUCCAUUUUCUUCCUCUUUAAGAAGUAUCUUAUGCUCUUGAAAGGCACCAUUGUAAUGGGGAUCUGUUCAGAGAUGAAUAGCAGUUUUAGGCUCAAAGGAGACUGGGAAGGAGGAAGCGUUUUUCUUUUUCUUUUUCUUUAUUGUAGUCUUGGCGAUGGCCAUUUAUCGGUGCUUUUGUUUUUACUCCUGUGAGAAGCUGAAAGAAAUAGGCACUGAAGUUGGUAAAUACAUGUGCUUUUGGUUCCUAUAGAAAUCCAAUAAAUUCAAAAUUCAAAAUUCAA